AUGUAAAAUACUAAUUUGAUUUCAUUAAAAUCAAAUACUCCCACUUGUAUCACUGUGUCCAUUGAGAUCAGUCCUAAUAAAUACAAAAAGAAAUGCAUUUUGUACAUUAUUGUCUAUCAAUAAUAACGCAAGAUCAGCACUCAUCAGAUACUGCAACCAUUUCCUAAUGAAUAUACAAUCAGUCAGUUAAAACAUCAAAGUAUGUACACUCUGAAGAUUAGAAUGGAACAUGGACAGGAGAAUCUAUUGCAGACUUUGCAUUGUAACACUAAGUCAGAUUCGAAUGUUGUCAUUGCAAGUGUCUAAUAACAUUCGCACUUAAUCAGAGACCCAGUCUAUUCCAAUAGUGAAUAACAAUUAGUGGAUGUGAUUGCUGCUGAAAAUGAGGGAAUCAACAUAUUCGAAAGCAGGCAGGAGAUCAAAUCUAUGAUUCAGAGGGCUCGGAACAACUCAUCUGCCAAAGGAUUCAUCUAUUCGGAAUACAAAGUCAACAAGCCUCCUGAAUUGAAGUAAGAGAGAUUGAAACGCAUUUGGAUGAUCUCGAAAGGAUAGGAGUUCUUUGAUGAAGUGUAUGGCAACAUUGAUCCUGGCUUCCAAUUCCUCAAAAAUGACUGGUUUAUGGGACCAUUUUACAGUUAUGAUCCUAACGAAGAAUUAUUACGUAAAAAUUAAGAAAACCGUGAUUUGUAAAUUAAUUAAUCAUUAUGA